AUGGGUAUCCAGGAAAUUGCAGGACCCCUUAAAAAGAUGAGAAAAUCAAAUCCAUUAGGAAUGUUGUGCUUCAUGAUGAGUCAAGCUAAGGAUCCUUUGCAACGGUUUCCUUUUGGAAUUAGUUUACUUGGAGAAUUAGGGAAAACGAGUGUAGCGGGUGGAAUGUGUCAGCAGUGGUCUCAGCAAAUUAAUACAGUCCGAAUUUGGGAAUUGAUGAAAGUGAACUUUGAUGGAGCUGUACUUAUUAACUUGGUGGCACAUGGGAUUGAUGUGAUUGUUAAGCACUCUGCUUAUUAUGUUUAUGAAGCGCUUGAUGAAAUUCCGCUGAGAACGUUGAAGAAGAAGAAGAAGAGAGAGCCAGAAUGCCAGAUUCACCGUUUGCCAGAUUACUCAGGACAAAGGGAACAUGCCCUGCUUGGUGAAGAGCCGUAUAAGCAUCUGCUGGAGUUUGAUGUCGUGUGCAAUAGUAUGAAGCCUCCGGGAGUUACAGAAGAGCAGAUUAAAAUGAGGGCAUUCCUCUUCUCCUUGAAAGAUUCUGCGAAGGAUUGGCUGGCUGCAAGUCUAAGGAAAGAAAUUUGUGGGAUCAAGCAGCAUUCAGGGGAGUCACUCUAUGAGUAUUGGGAACGGUUCAAGAACUUGUUGCACAAGUGUCCCCAGCACCAGAUAAGUGAGCAGUUGCUCAUUCAGUAUUUUUAUGAGGGGCUCCUCUUUAGAGACAGGAGCAUCAUUGAUGCUGAAAGUGGGGGGGCACUGGUGAACAAAACCCCUCAGGAAGCACGGGAGUUAAUAGAGGGGAUGACAGAGAAUUCACAACAAUUCGGUACAAGAGAGGAUGUCUCAAUACGUAAGGUGAAUGAGGUAGAGACACCCUCUAUGCAGCAGCAGCUAACUGAGUUGACCGCGUUUGUUAGGCAACUGGCUGUGAGAAAUGCAUCACAAGCCAGGGUAUGCGGGAUUUGCCCUGGUAUGGGUCAUUCGACAGACAUGUGUCCAAUGAUUCAAGAAGAAAAUGUGGAGCAAGUGAACUUGGCUGGUUACGCGCCCGCGCCAAGGAAUCAAUAUGACCCAUAUUCAAACACCUACAAUCCUGGUUGGAGGGACCACCCCAACCUCAGUUAUGGAGGGAACAGGCAGUCCAAUUCCGUACCAAAUAAGCAACCAGAGUACCAACAGCAAUACCAACCCCGACCACCUCCGCCCCCAAGCUCUGGUCCAUCUUUGGAGGAGAUGAUGAAACAGAUGAUGGCAACCAUUACACAAAAUCAGCAAAGGACAGAAGCAACCAUUACGCAAAAUCAGCAAAGGACGGACUCCGAAAUGCAGGCAAUAAGAAAUCAGUUGAGUCAAAUGGCCACAAAAAUCAACCGUUUGGAGUCCCAAGUAAAUGGAAGAUUGCCAUCCCAACCUGAACUGAACCUGAAGAACGUAAGCGCAAUGACUUUAAGGAGCGGGAAGGAAAUUCAGGGGUCUGAACCUAUGAUCCCUAAGAAUAAGGAUGAGGAAAAGAUCGAAAAUGAACUUGAGAGGGAGGACAGCAAUGGUGCAGAUCUAAAGGUACUUCCAAACCCAGUAAUUACAGUUAAAACUAAUCCCCCUCCAUUUCCUUGCAGGUUGGAAAAAUCGAAUAAGCAGGACAAGGAGAAAGAGAUCCUGGAGGUGUUUCGCAAGGUAGAGAUCAAUAUCCCCGUACUAGACGCCAUCAAGCAAGUGCCGAAGUAUGCAAAAUUUCUGAGGGACCUAUGUGUCAAUCGAAGGAGGCUGAGGGGAGAUGAACGAGUUAUUGUUGGGGAGAAUGUGUCAGUAGUUCUCCAAAGAAAGCUACCACCAAAGUGUAGGGAUCCAGGUAGGUUUACUGUCCCAUGCAAGAUAGGUAAUACUCUGAUUAGAAAUACCUUGCUGGACUUAGGAGUAUCGAUCAAUGUAAUGCCAAAAUCUAUGUAUGCCUCUCUGAAUCUCGGUCCAUUAAAAGAAACCGAGAUAAUAAUUCAAUUAGCUGACCGAACAAAUGCAUACCCUAAUGGGUUGGUCGAGGAUGUGCUGGUUAAAGUUAAUGAAUUGAUAUUCCCAGCUAACUUUUAUGUACUUGACAUGGAUGAUGAUCAUUCCCCUGACCCCUCACCUUUGCUACUAGGUAGACCCUUUUUGAGCACAACACAGAUAAAAAUUGACGUUAAUAAGGGUACAUUAUCCAUGGAAUUUGAUGGAGAAUUAGUCCACUUUAAUAUUUUCGAUACAAUGGAACAUCCUGUUAACUCUCACCCUGUGUUUGCUAUUCAUGCUAUUAAUCCCUCUGUGCAAGAAUUUUCUGAGUUUGCUUGUAGGAAUAAAUUCAAACUUACUGAGAACAACUAUAAGGGGAUGAAAGCACUGUAUGAAGUGAAAAGGAGUAGAAAAUUAAGAAAGAAGGCUGCACUCAAAGGCUAUUUGGAUCCUGGAGGAAGGCCACCGAUUUCCAGGAAAAUUGAGUUACACCCAGAUUGA